AUGGCGGAUGCGGAGGGUGCCGACGGUGAGCGGCCCUCGUUCACCACCUUUUGGAAGCGAGUCAAACAAAAGGAGAAGGGCGAGGCCGGCGACCAGCACAAGAAGAAGGGGAAAACGUCGGCCAGCCCAUCGUCGACUGCGGAGCUGCAGCAGGACGAGGCCGAAGCCGAAGCUGGCGAGGAAGAUCAAGAUCCUGACGGGUUCCGUUGGGGGGAGAGACGCGCGCUAGAGUGCGAGGAGGGGAGCUCGAGUGCCGAAGAGACGUGGAUUGGCCACGUCCACAGCAACACGUCGAAUGCGGAAUCCGGGGCGCUUUUCAAUGAUUACAGGCGCCAGAGUAGCCAGUGCUACGGUCGUGUUCCAUCGUCUCGAGAGCUUGGACGAACCCGGUCCAAGGUGCACAAGAAGAAGAUGGAGGCUGAGCUAAGAUUGCGAGCUGCAGAUGAAGAUGCCGGCGAGACCGCCAAGGACGCCGACGCCAAGGACAAGGCCCAGCUGCGGCGAGCUCAGGUCAGGAAGGCCCAGAUUCAACACCGACAGAGAAAGGCAAACUAUGUCAAGCAGCUGGAGCUCGAUGUGUCUCAGCUGCGUGACCUCAUCACCCAGGCCCAGCAAGAGACGUCUCAGAUGCUCAAGGAAAACAACGGCAUCCGAGACCUAAUAAGAAGAACUGAGCCAGUUCAGCAGCACACAUAUCCACAGCAAGCCGACUCCACCUAUUUCUCAAACACAGAUUCUCCCGGCACCCGCCUGGGUGGUAAUACGUCCGAGCUGGAUACCCAGGAAUGGCUCACCGGCGGACACUUGUCCGACCUGGACCUCAACCAAAACCCCCUGAUGCCUUCAACCUCCAACGAUGCUGAACUGUUUGGCCACAUCAACCUCGACGACAUUACUGUGUCACUGGGCAUUAACGAUCUUCUGGGAACGCCAUGCUUCACCGUCAGUAACCCUUCCACUGGCAGCAGCGUACAGGGCUAUGCCAGCCCGCCCAGCUUUGAAAACCCCCCCUUGACGCCACCUCUUACUCCUCAGCAAGAACAGAUUGUGAUUAAUUGGAUAUUAGCUCUUGAAAACAUCUGCUGGGACCAUUUCCAAUCCAAUGAUUUCCACUCGCACGUCCCCGGCGAGACUGAGGGAGGCAAUAACCACAUCCUCACAGCAACCUCCCUCAUGAUGAAUGCCGCACCCGCAUCCAUCUUCACCGACCGCCAGGUGUUCGCAGGCAUAGAUCCUACGACCACACAGGCGCCCACCUUCCAAUGGCAGGCUACCGGUAUCUCCAUCAGCUCCCUCUGGGCCCUAGCCCGGUUUGAGGUUGACCCGACUGAGAUUUCUCCCGCGCAGAUCUGGUUCGACCUGGCGUCCAAGUAUUCAUACGAACUGCUCUUUGCCGAUGGCUUGUUGACAACCCUGUUGGUUGAGCUGAGGCCCUUCAUCCGGUGCAUAGAGUUCGGCGCCGCUAUCAAUAGGCAGCUAUACCAUGACAUUAUUGAGAGGAUGAUUGGACUGCCGCCUGUGGUAUGA